AAGAGACCUACACUGGACAGAAUGUUCGCUUCGACGUCACAAAGAAAUGAUGAUGGUUUGCGGGCGUCUUACAAUAUCUCGUUACUUAUAGCAAAAUCCGGAAAACCGCAUACUAUCGGAGAGAAGUUAAUUUUGCCAGCCGUUGAAGAGGUUUCAAAAGCUGUUUUACACAAACCUACAUCUGAUAUCAUUAAGAGAAUUCCCUUAAGCAACAAUACUGUUGAAAGACGUAUUGAUGAAAUGAGUUCUGAUAUUGAAAGCUUCUUAUGUAAUUAUUUGCAAACGACCCAUUUCUCUAUACAACUGGACGAGUCAACUUUACCUGAUAAUGCAGCAUUAUUAUUGGCAUAUGUUCGUUUUAUUAUGAAUCAAGAAACCUACGAAGGACUGCUCUUCGCAAGAACUUUGAUAACCGACACUAAAGGUGAAUCAAUAUUUCAUGUUUUGAAGGAUUACUUCAUGGCUGGACGUUAUUGUGGAUUUAUAAGCUAUUUAAAACAAAAUGUGUCAGGGGUGUUAGCAAUACAUUGCGUCAUCCAUCGACAACAUUUAGUUGCUAAAAAUUUGAGUGAUAGAUUGCAUGAAUCACUUCAUUUAUUCAUUGAUGCAGUAAACCGAAUCCGAAGCAACGCAUUGAAUACGCAGUUAUUUGCGCAGUUGUGUGAAUAA